AUGUCUAUGUUAUAUCUGCCUCCUGCAUCCAGUGAUGUCUAUGUUAUAUCUGCCUCCCGCUCUCCUGCAUCCAGUGAUAUCUAUGUUAUAUCUGCCUCCCGCUCUCCUGCAUCCAGUGAUGUCUAUGUUAUAUCUGCCUCCCGCUCUCCUGCAUCCAGUGAUGUCUAUGUUAUAUCUGCCUCCCGCUCUCCUGCAUCCAGUGAUGUCUAUGUUAUAUCUGCCUCCCGCUCUCCUGCAUCCAGUGAUGUCUAUGUUAUAUCUGCCUCUCGCUCUCCUGCAUCCAGUGAUGUCUAUGUUAUAUCUGCCUCCCGCUCUCCUGCAUCCAGUGAUGUCUAUGUUAUAUCUGCCUCCCGCUCUCCUGCAUCCAGUGAUGUCUAUGUUAUAUCUGCCUCCCGCUCUCCUGCAUCCAGUGAUGUCUAUGUUAUAUCUGCCUCCCGCUCUCCUGCAUCCAGUGAUGUCUAUGUUAUAUCUGCCUCCCGCUCUCCUGCAUCCAGUGAUGUCUAUGUUAUAUCUGCUUCCCGCUCUCCUGCAUCCAGUGAUGUCUAUGUUAUAUCUACCUCCCGCUCUCCUGCAUCCAGUGAUGUCUAUGUUAUAUCUGCCUCCCGCUCUCCUGCAUCCAGUGAUGUCUAUGUUAUAUCUACCUCCCGCUCUCCUGCAUCCAGUGAUGUCUAUGUUAUAUCUACCUCCCGCUCUCCUGCAUCCAGUGAUGUCUAUGUUAUAUCUGCCUCCCGCUCUCCUGCAUCCAGUGAUGUCUAUGUUAUAUCUGCCUCCCGCUCUCCUGCAUCCAGUGAUGUCUAUGUUAUAUCUGCCUCCCGCUCUCCUGCAUCCAGUGAUGUCUAUGUUAUAUCUGCCUCCCGCUCUCCUGCAUCCAGUGAUGUCUAUGUUAUAUCUGCCUCUCGCUCUCCUGCAUCCAGUGAUGUCUAUGUUAUAUCUGCCUCCCGCUCUCCUGCAUCCAGUGAUGUCUAUGUUAUAUCUGCCUCUCGCUCUCCUGCAUCCAGUGAUGUCUAUGUUAUAUCUGCCUCCCGCUCUCCUGCAUCCAGUGAUGUCUAUGUUAUAUCUGCCUCCCGCUCUCCUGCAUCCAGUGAUGUCUAUGUUAUAUCUGCCUCUCGCUCUCAUGCAUCCAGUGAUGUCUAUGUUAUAUCUGCCUCCCGCUCUCCUGCAUCCAGUGAUGUCUAUGUUAUAUCUGCCUCUCGCUCUCCUGCAUCCAGUGAUGUCUAUGUUAUAUCUGCCUCCCGCUCUCCUGCAUCCAGUGAUGUCUAUGUUAUAUCUGCCUCUUGCUCUCCUGCAUCCAGUGAUGUCUAUGUUAUAUCUGCCUCCCGCUCUCCUGCAUCCAGUGAUGUCUAUGUUAUAUCUGCCUCCCGCUCUCCUGCAUCCAGUGAUGUCUAUGUUAUAUCUGCCUCUCGCUCUCCUGCAUCCAGUGAUGUCUAUGUUAUAUCUGCCUCCCGCUCUCCUGCAUCCAGUGAUGUCUAUGUUAUAUCUGCCUCCCGCUCUCCUGCAUCCAGUGAUGUCUAUGUUAUAUCUGCCUCCCGCUCUCCUGCAUCCAGUGAUGUCUAUGUUAUAUCUGCCUCUCGAUCUCCUGCAUCCAGUGAUGUCUAUGUUAUAUCUGCCUCCCGCUCUCCUGCAUCCAGUGAUGUCUAUGUUAUAUCUGCCUCCCGCUCUCCUGCAUCCAGUGAUGUCUAUGUUAUAUCUGUCUCUCGCUCUCCUGCAUCCAGUGAUGUCUAUGUUAUAUCUGCCUCCCGCUCUCCUGCAUCCAGUGAUGUCUAUGUUAUAUCUGCCUCCCGCUCUCCUGCAUCCAGUGAUGUCUAUGUUAUAUCUGCUUCUCGCUCUCCUGCAUCCAGUGAUGUCUAUGUUAUAUCUGCCUCCCGCUCUCCUGCAUCCAGUGAUGUCUAUGUUAUAUCUGCCUCCCGCUCCCCUGCAUCCAGUGAUGUCUAUGUUAUAUAG